AUGGAGAUUACUUAUGUAUACACAAAAAAGAGAGCUGAAUUCGGUAGACAGUGUAAUUUCAGCGAUAGGAAUGCCGAGCUCCAUGUGGAUAUUUCACCGGACCCUGAGCUUGCAAAUAACUAUAUUGCAAUGAACCCAGUUCAUCGAAGUAUACAAUGUUCCAAGGAAAUGUCUGAACACGAAGUGAACACGGAAAGAUACCAUUCAGAAUCCCGUGGAAUAAACCAUCUUGAGGGUGGAUGGCCCAAAGAUAUCAACGCCCAGGAACCCGACCAGGUCCUUCGUUACAGGAAGAAGAUUGAAAAGGAUGAACAGUAUUCGGCGACAGUACAGAAAUUGGGCAUGGUAAUGGAGCACUGCAUCAAGCAAAAUAAUGCCCUGAAUAUCUAUGAAAACUACUUCGAUGAUUUGGACGAUAGGGCUUCAGAAGAGCCUCCAUCAGCAAAGACCUUAAACAUUCUGAGAGAUAUGAAUGAAAUAAAGCGCAGUGUGGCACAUAUAUCUUGGUUUCCCGACGGGCCCUCUAAACUGGCCAUCGCUUAUUGUAACACUGAGUUUCAAGCGUCUUCUCCAAAUACAUCAUUGGAGUCCUACCUGUGGGAUAUUGGCAAUCCAAAUAGACCGGAAUUGGUUCUUAAACCUGCAUCGCCUCUCGUUUGCAUUGAGUACAAUCCAAAGGAUUCACAUACAUUAAUAAGCGGAUGCUAUAAUGGCCAGCUAGGAACCGAUGGUCAAGUCAUGUGGUGGGAUGUCCGAAAGUUUUCAGAACCAACAGAAGUGCUAUAUCUAGACCCUACAAAGAAACAAGAAUUCUCUUGCGCUCAGGGUGCAUAUGCUCUUGAGUAUGAAUCCACAAUACCAACCAAAUUCAUGGCGGGAACAGAACAGGGAACGAUUAUUUCCUGCAACCGAAAGGGGAAAACACCGGCUGAAAAAAUCGUCGCCGUUUAUCCCGGUCAUAUUGGUCCGGUUUAUGCCCUGCAACGCAAUCCAUUCUUCCCGAAGAACUUUCUGAGCAUUGGCGAUUGGACGGCCCGUAUUUGGUCAGAAGAUAUACGUGACUCUGCAAUAAUGUGGACGGCGUACCACGAACAUCGCUUAUCUGACGGCGCAUGGAGUCCUGUGAGACCGGCUGUGUUUUUCACAUCCAGAUUGGAUGGGGUGCUGGAUGUGUGGGAUGUCAUUUUCAAGCAGAAGGAUGCUACGCUUAGUAUUCAGGUAUGCGACGAACCCCUUCAUUGCCUAAAAGUGCAAGAACAAGGACGACUAAUUGCCACCGGAUCACACAGUGGGGUAUGCACUAUUCUUGAACUAUCGGAUGGAUUCGCAACUCAACCAAAAAACGAAAAGACAUUGAUGACUUCGAUGUUUGAACGGGAAACUCAUCGGGAGAAAAUACUGGAAGCUAGAAACAGAGAAAUAAAACUGAAAAAGACAAAGGCAAAUUUAGGGGAGGACGCGGAACGUACCGAAGAAGUUUUAGAUCCAAAAGAAAUGGCUGAGCGAAUCAAGAAGGUGGAAGAAGACUUUUUUGAAACCAUCGAAGCGAAACGAAAAGAACGGGAACAACGAGAGAAAGCAACCGAAGAGUCCAGAGCAAAUUUGGUGACUACAGAAGGCGAGCUUGAUUUGGAUGAAGAUGACGAGUUCGAAGGAACCAAAGAAUCACGCGCAGAGACAUACGCGACUGAACUCGAGGAGUAACAGUCGAUCCAUCAAAUGAGAGAUAUACUCACAUUUUUGGGAAUAUUGCAGAAUCUGUGAAAUAUUCUGCUCUGCGGGGUGAGGAAAAGAAAUUACUUUAUGUCGAUUUAUGGAUUAAAAUAUACCGUUGUUCU